AAAUGGGUUGUGUCGCGUGUAAUCGUCUGUAAAAUCACGAUAGCCCUCCUCCAAAGCCAUCGCCAUCGCCAUCCUCGACUGCGAGGGGAAAGGUUUUCGCGGACUGCGCAAUCCGAUUCGUUCGUUCCCGUCCUUUCAAGACUCUUCUCCAGAUCGCCUCCGUACGCCGUUAAGGUGGGAAUACCGGAGUUUUUGCGAUGGAUCGGUGGAGGGGUCGAAGCCCAUGUCGCGAAGCUCGAGUGGGAGAUUGGUGACUUCAACAAGUUACUCGUUUCCUGCACGCUCAAGCUCAAGAAGCUCGGCAUUCCUUGCAAACAGAGGAAGUUGAUAUUGAAGUACACCCACAAAUAUAGGGUCGGGCUGUGGAGACCUCGAGCUGAGCCUGUCAAAGCUUAACGACAGCGUUCCUGGCAAAUGUAACGAAAUUAUAUUCCCGAGCUUUGGUAUGCACCUGCAGAAUACAUUCUGUGCUUGCACUAAUCGCAGUAGCAACUUAAAAUUGCCAGACAGGUUGUACUGGUUCAGAAAAAUAUCAUGCCCUCGUACUGCCUUUUGCUGAAAAAAAGACCCUUUCGAACUCUCUUUGCACACACCCGGCGUUAAGAAACAAAAUGGUACAGAAAUGGCUUGUGGAAGCAUCCAUAUUUCAAACUUUUCAUGUGCUAUGGACUGUGGAAACCCUAAAAUGAACUUGCCUUGCGGUACAGUUGUCUCCUUUCUGUGUUUACUGUUCUGUUAAGGUCGCAUGGAGGUGCAAUAAAGAAAUUUCAGUUCAUUAUCA